AUGAAAGACCCAGAAAGCAAUCAGCAAACCCUCCACACAAACACCCACCUUCUUCAAUCCCUCCUUGAUUCAAUCCCACAGACACAAACCUUCAAAGGGAAAUGGUCACUCAUCAAAACCAAACUCAUCUCUCUCCAAACCCUUCUUUCCGAUCUAUCCGACUACACCGCCACCAACCCUCUCUCUCUUGACCUCCUCGCUUCCCUCUCCGACACCCUCUCCGACGCUGUCUCUCUUUCCCAAACCUGUCACAGCCCUUCUCCCACAAAUGGAAAGCUCAAGACCCAAAACGACGUGGACUCCGUUUCCGCCAAGCUCGACAACCACAUUCACGACUUCGAAGUCAUCAUCAGAAGCAACAUCCUCCAAGAAAACGUCGUCGUUUUUAGUAGUGUAUCCACUUCCAAUAGGGAGUCCGUACGUGCCGAGUCGAGGAAUUUAUUAACUCGGCUGCAAAUCGGUACUACCGAGUCAAAGAACUCGGUUUUAGACUCGCUAUUAGGGUUACUCCAGGAAGAUGAUAAAAAUGUUUUGAUUGCUGUGGCUCAGGGAGUCGUUCCGGUGCUUGUUCGCUUACUGGAUUCGAGCUCUUCCUUGGAGAUAAAGGAAAAGACCGUCACAGCCAUUGCUAGGGUUUCAACGGUCGAUUCGAGCAAACACGUUUUAAUCGCCGAGGGUUUAACGCUUCUCAACAAUCUCCUUCGAGUAUUAGAAUCUGGAAGUGUAUUUGCGGAAGAAAAAUCUUGUAUUGCCCUCCAAGUUCUAAGCCAUUCAAAGGAAAACGCUAGGGCAAUUGGUUCCAGAGGUGGAAUUUCAUCUCUAUUAGAGAUCUGCCAAUCCGGAACGCCUAGUUCACAAGCAAUUGCAGCUGGGGUUUUGAGGAAUUUAGCUGUUGUUGAAGAAAUUAGAGAGAAUUUUAUUGAAGAAAACGCGAUUUUGAUACUUUUGGGGCUUUCGGGUACAGGGACUGUAUUGGCGCAAGAGAAUGCGAUUGGGUGUUUGUGUAAUUUGGUUUCAGGGGAUGUGAAUUUGAAGAUUUUGGUUGCUAGGGAGGGUGGGAUUGAGAGAUUGAAGAAUUUUUGGGACUCAGCAGCAAUUGUGAAGAGUUUGGAGGUGGCUGUUCAAAUGUUAAGUAAUUUAGCUGAGUGUCAAUUGAUUGCUGAAGUUCUUGUUUUGAAUGGGUUUUUGAGUAGGGUCUUUGGGGUUUUAAAUUGUGGGGUUUUGGGUGUGAGAAUUGGGGCUGCUAAAGCUGUUUAUGAUUUGGGGUUUAAUACCAAAACCCGAAAAGAGUUGGGUGAAAUUGGGUGUAUUCCUCCCUUGGUUAGAAUGUUGGAUGGUAAGGCUGUUGAAGAGAAAGAAGUGGCUGCUAAGGCAUUGUCAAACCUUAUGGUUUAUGCCGGGAAUAGAAGGAUUUUUAGGAAGGAAGAGAGGGGGAUUGUCAGUGCAGUUCUGUUAUUAGACCCUUUGAUUCAGAGUUGGGAUAAGAAAUACUAUGUUUCAAUAUUGGCAUCGCUUGUGCAUUCGAAGAAAUGUCGUAAACAAAUGGUGGCGUCGGGUGCUUGUGUGUACUUGCAGAAACUGGUUGACAUCAAUGUUGAGGGUGCUAAGAAGCUCUUGGAUAGUCUUGGUCGCGGUAAGGUAUGGGGUGUUUUUGCCAGACCAUAG